ACAUUAGUUUAAAGAAUGGAGUUCCUCUACCGUCUGUGGAGGAAGGCGACCCAAUGUAAGGCUUUAGAGGAGUCGAGCGGACAGUUCGAAACUUUGUUUUUUGAAUCUGUCUACCGAGUAACGUAUUUUGCAGGAUGGUCACUUCUCGACGACAAUGUACUGUACCGUAUCUACAGCGGGAUUGUUAAAUCACUUGUUGGAUUUUUGAUUUGUUGCGAAGCUUGGCAAUUGUUCAGUGGAUCGAGCAGCUUCGAUGACGUCAUUGAUAACGUGAAUGCUACUCUGAUGCACUUUAUCGCUCUAUACAGAUACAAAAAUAUGCGUGAAAAUAGAGUAAUUUACAAGAGAUUGGCAUCAGCAAUGGAAUCGCCUUUUUUCUAUACGUCUACCACUAAACGCAAGAAAUUGGUAAAGUUCUGGGCAUCAAGAAAUGAAAGGUUCCUUAAAUUGCUACUCGCUUUAGGUUCUUGUACUUUGGGUGCUUGGCAUAUCUAUCCACUAGUUGACGACAUAGAUUACAAUCUGAUGGUGUCAGCUCGAUUUCCGUUCGAGUACCAGACCCCUACGCGGUUUCCCAUAUUCUAUGUGAUAGUGAUGAUAGUUUUCAACUACGCAUCUCUGUUUGUGAUGGUGAACGAUCUGAUCAUGCAGGCGCAUCUAAUGCAUCUGCUGUGUCAGUACACUGUGCUUUCGGAUUGCUUCAAGGGAAUUAUUUACGACUGUAUGGAUGACCAAAAUCUUAUGAACCGAAAGAAAUUAGUCAUUACGGACUCUUUCAAAGAGAUUUAUUUAAAGCGACUCAGCAAUUUGGUGGCUCAACACCAAUUCAUUUUAAAGAACACGACGGAUUUAAAGCAUUCCCUGGGUGGUGCUAUGCUUGGUCAGAUGGCAGCGAGUGCUAUGCUUAUAUGUUUUGUUGGUUAUCAAGCUACUACUGCUGGUUCCAACAAAGUGAAAUUUUUCAUGAGCCUUUUGUAUCUUAUGUACAAUCUGUUCGAACUGUUUAUAUUUUGCAAAUGGUGCGAUGAAAUCAAAUUACAGAGUGAAAACAUAGGUAAAUCGGUGUAUUGUUCAGGCUGGGAGCAAGGGCUCGCCACCAUUCCAGGAGUGCGUUUGAAUCUGCUCAUCAUAGCCAGUCGGGCUCGCAAGCCACUUGUUCUCACAGCCGGCGGCUUGUUUGAUCUGUCUCUAGCUUCGUAUACCACUUUAGUAAAGACUUCUUACUCUGCUAUCACUGUCUUACGAAGACUACAACACGAAUAA